AUGUCAAACCCGUCCAUCGAGGAUUAUACCAUCGGCUGGAUUUGUGCCUUGCAGGAAGAAUAUGAUGCUGCGGCUCGAAUGCUUGAUGCCGAAUUCGACGGCCCAGAUACGGCUGAAGUCAACGACAACAACAGCUACGUGUAUGGUCGUAUCAGUGGGCAUAAUGUAAUCUUGGGAUGCCUGCCGGGCGGCCAGUAUGGCACCAACUCGGCCGCCAGAGGGGGCGCCCCUACCGCGGGAAAGGACAUUCGACUGGGCGAUGUUGUGGUGAGUCAGCCGCAGGGCAAAUUGGGGGGUGUUGUGCAAUAUGAUCUCGGGAAGCGCCUGCCGGGCGGGCGAUUCGAACAGAGCGGGCAGCUUAAUGGUCCUCCGCAGGUGGUGCUUGGGGUUCUCCCAGAGAUGCGACGGCGUCACAACGAUUCGAGGAAGCCUGACAGAAUUGCCCAGCAUGUCAAGCGGAUGGACGAGGAGCCCGACUACCAACGCCCGGCUGACGAUCGAUUAUACCGUGCCGACUACCCUCACCAGGGUGGAGAGGACUGUUCGAAGUGUGAGACGUGUGAGGUGGUGCAACGACCACCACGCUCGAGCAACCGCGUCGUCACCGUUCACUAUGGCACUAUUGCGUCCGCCAACUCGGUCAUGAAGAAUGCCAAAGACAGGGACGAAUACGCCCAGGAUCCAGCCCUGAAUGUCCUGUGCUUUGAGAUGGAGGCUGCUGGUUUGAUGAACAGCUUUCCCUGCCUAGUGAUUCGAGGAAUUUGCGAUUACUCGGAUUCCCACAAAAAUGAUGAAUGGCACAACUACGCAGCCCUCGCAGCGGCGGCAUAUGCACGAGAGCUUCUCUAUAUCCUUAAACCACAAAAGGUCUAUGGAGCCCCAUCAUGGGCCGGCAAGAUGGAGGAACUCCUCGCCGGCAUUCAAGGUCACGUCAUGCACAUGUCGAGAGGUGUUGAUGACCUCAUAUGUCAGAAUCGUGAUCAGGCAGAUGAAACGAUUCUCAACUGGAUCACAAAAAUCGACCACGGCAGUUACCACAGCGACAUUGCAAACAAGCGGCAACCAGGAACGGGCCAAUGGAUUUUGGAGUCUGGGAAAUUCCAGACGUGGCUGAAAACCAGUAAGCAGACGCUUUUUUGUACGGGAGCCCCCGGGGCAGGAAAGACAAUCCUCACAUCCGUUGUGGUCGAGCAUCUCACUACUCGCUCCCAGAGUGACAGGAAUAUUGGCGUUGCCUACCUCUACUGCAACUACAAUCGACAAAAUGAACAGCAACUGAACAGCCUCCUUGAAUGCUUAUUAAAGCAGCUGGCGGAACGCCGACGCUCUGUACCGGAAUGCGUCAAGUCUCUCUACAACUGCCUGAGGGCCGAGCAUAUGCGGCCGUCUGUUGGCCAACUUUCAAGUGCUCUCGAUGCGGUGGUCUCUUUGUAUUCGAAAGUCUUCAUCGUCAUUAACGCACUUGAUGAAUGCAGAAACACUGAUGGCUCCCGUGCAGAGCUGCUAGUGGAAACUGUCCGCGCCCUCCAGAAACCGUGUGGAGUAAACAUCUUUGAGACCUUGGCUUUAGAAACAUCAAGUGCAUGGUAUCAAAUCGUGGAAGCCAAGAAUAUUGUGCCGUGGAGAUGUGGUGACUUUUGA